ACACAAGAAUUGUAAACUUGGCUGGGGUUGUGUUGUCAAUAUUAUCAUUUCCAUUGAAGAGAGAGGAGUUCAGAGUCUUUUCAAAGGGUUCUCUCUCUCUAUUUUUUGUCCCUUCCUUUCUUUUGUCCUUUAAAACGGCUUAAAAAAAGCCUAUCUUUCUCCUCCCUGUCUUCUUCUUCUCUUCAACUUCAUUAAACACUCUUCUAAGAAGAGAAGGGAAAAAGUGAAGGUGCCUGCUUUCCGUCAUUCCCGAUUCCAUGGCUUGUAAAAUCUCAAAUUCCAUGUUCCUUUGCUUGGGUCCUAGUCAAAGGCCAAUUAGGAGCCAAACAAUUGCUAUUCAUUCUUCUACUGCAAGUAUCUGUCAUUUGAAGUGGGACAAUCUUCUUGUUAAGGGAAUUAACCAUAGGAAGGGUAUAAUUCCCUUAAGAAGGAAUAAAGUCAUACAAGCUGUGGCGGUUCCAGUAAGACCAUCUUCAGCAGACAGUGCUGAGUACAGAAAACAGUUAGCGGAAACUUAUGGAUUCAGGCAAAUUGGAGAGCCUCUUCCUGAUAAUGUUACAUUAAAGGAUGUUAUAGACACCCUUCCAAGAAAGGUGUUUGAGAUUGACGAUGUGAAAGCAUGGACUUCAGUUUUAAUAUCUGUCACUUCCUAUGCAUUGGGGAUCUUCAUGAUUUCAAAAGCCCCAUGGUAUCUACUUCCUUUAGCUUGGGCAUGGACAGGAACAGCAAUAACUGGGUUCUUUGUUAUAGGCCACGAUUGUGCUCACAAAUCAUUUUCAAAAAACAAAUUAUUGGAAGACAUUGUGGGAACUCUGGCCUUUCUACCACUAAUAUACCCAUAUGAGCCAUGGCGGUUUAAGCAUGACAGGCACCAUGCAAAGACAAACAUGUUAUCAGAAGAUACAGCUUGGCACCCUGUUUGGGAAAAAGAGUUUGAGACUUCUCCUUUUCUACGCAAAGCAAUCAUGUUCGGUUAUGGCCCAUUUCGACCUUGGAUGUCCAUAGCUCAUUGGUUGAUAUGGCACUUUGAUUUGAACAAGUUCAGACCGAAUGAAGUCAAAAGAGUGAAGAUCAGUUUGGCUUGUGUUUUUGCCUUUAUGGCAAUUGGAUGGCCAUUGAUCAUCUAUAAGACAGGAAUAAUGGGAUGGAUCAAGUUUUGGCUAAUGCCAUGGUUAGGCUAUCACUUUUGGAUGAGUACAUUCACAAUGGUGCAUCACACGGCCCCUCAUAUACCCUUCAAACAUUCAGAUGAAUGGAAUGCGGCUCAGGCUCAGCUUAAUGGAACAGUGCAUUGUGAUUACCCUCGUUGGAUUGAGGUCCUCUGCCAUGAUAUCAAUGUCCACAUUCCGCAUCAUGUAUCUUCAAGGAUACCAAGUUAUAAUCUACGAGCAGCACAUAAGUCUAUUCAAGAGAACUGGGGACCGUAUCUGAACGAGGCUACAUGGAAUUGGCGUCUGAUGAAGACGAUAAUGACAGUGUGCCAUGUUUACGACAGGGAGCAAAAUUACAUCGGUUUUGAUGAACUUGCACCUAAUGAAGCUUCUCCAAUCACAUUCCUGAAAAGAGUAAUGCCUGAUUAUGCUUAACUCCUUAUUAAACACCUUGGGGGUCCAUUGCUUUUAGGUAAUUAGGUAAUUUUAUUCCAGUUUCAGAAAGUAUAUUAUUCAUUUGAAUUGUGAAUCAUUCUUGAAAGUAUUAUAGUGCAAGUUCCCUGGAAAUAUCUUUUGUUGAUUUUGACUGCCAAUACAUAUAUAUGGCAAUUUAUGAAUCAUGAUAGUUGAUGGAUUUUACUCACAAAUAUAUAUGUUGCUUAGACUCGAA